GAAUGGCGCCUUCACGUAAACCGAGCAACGGCAGGUCACCACUGGUUAAUCCACAACGUCAAAUCACCUCAUUCUUCUGUAAGACAACCUCUCCUUCUCCUUCUCCAUCUCCAUCUCCAUCUCCUGCUUCUACUCUCUCCAAAGGACAAACCCCCAAAUCUAACCCUAACCCUAACCCUAAACCAUCAAGUCCUGGUCCUACUACUCCUUCUCCUGUACAAUCGAAGACCAAAAAGCCACUCCUAGUCAUUGGCAAAACUCCAACUCCUUCUCCAUCACCAUCAAUGCCUAGAGUCAUGGCUAAUUCGUUCGGUAAAGAAGUGGUCGAGAAGAGGGUUAAGGUUUAUUGGCCCUUGGAUAAGACGUGGUACGAAGGUUGUGUUAAAUCUUAUGAUGAAGAUUCUGGUAAGCAUUUGGUUCAAUAUGAUGACUUUGAAGAGGAGGUUUUGGAUUUAGGAAAUGAGAAGAUCGAGUGGGUUGAGGAAAGUGUGACGAAAUUUAAGCGAUUACGUAGAGGUUCUUUGGCUUUUAAAAACACUGUAAUUGAAGAUGAAGAGAUGAAAGAUGUUGCUGAUAUUGAAGAGGAAAAUGCUUGUGUUGACGGUGAUGAUUCUAGUGAUGAAGAUUGGGCAAAGAAUGUAGACAAGGAUAUUAGUGAAGAUGAGGAUGCUGAUUUGGAGGAUGAGGUAGAAGAGGAUAGUUACAAGGGUGCAAAGAGUGAUUCGAGGAAAAGGAAGGUUUAUGGUGCAAAGGCUUCUGUGAAAAAGAAGAAAAGUUGUGGAGAUGUCAGUGAAGGGGCAGUCAAGGUUUCUUUCAUCGAGCCAGUGAAGGAUGGAGGGAAUGGAUUUUGUAAUGGGCUUGGUAAUGGUAAUGCCUCGAUCAAUGAUGCUUCAGAAAGGUUUAGUAUGCGGGAAGCUGAGAAAAUGUGGUUUCUUGGAGCAGAACGGAGGGAUGCAAAAAGGAAGCGUCCUGGAGAUGCAGAUUAUGAUCCAAGGACUCUAUACCUGCCUCCUAGUUUUGUUAAGAGUUUAUCAGGUGGCCAGAGACAAUGGUGGGAGUUUAAAUCAAAGCACAUGGAUAAGGUUUUGUUUUUCAAGAUGGGCAAGUUUUAUGAGCUUUUUGAAAUGGAUGCACAUGUAGGAGCUAAAGAAUUAGAUUUGCAAUAUAUGAAGGGAGAACAACCUCAUUGUGGUUUCCCGGAGAGAAUCUUCUCAAUGAAUGUUGAAAAACUGACUAGAAAGGGUUAUCGGGUUCUGGUCAUAGAGCAGACAGAAACACCUGAACAACUAGAGCUUCGUCGCAAAGAGAAAGGUUCUAAGGACAAGGUUGUGAAACGUGAAAUAUGUGCAGUGGUUACAAAAGGAACAUUAACUGAGGGGGAAUUGCUUACAGCAAAUCCUGAUGCUUCGUACCUCAUGGCAGUGACUGAAAGUCAGCAGAAUUUGGAAGGUCAAAAUUUUGAGCCGACUUUUGGCAUCUGUGUGGCUGAUGUUGCUACCAGCAGAAUCAUUCUUGGGCAGUUUGUAGAUGAUUCAGAGUGCAGCUCAUUGUGUCGCCUGUUGUCUGAGCUGAGACCAGUAGAAAUUAUAAAACCUGCAAAAUCGCUCAGUUCUGAAACUGAGAGGUUACUGCUGAGACAUACUAGAAAUCCUUUGGUUAAUGAUUUAGUUCCCCUUUCAGAAUUCUGGGAUGCUGAAAAAACUGUUCAUGAAGUCAAGAUCAUCUAUAAACAUAUCUCUGAUCAAUCAGCUUCUAGAUCUUUGAAUAAAGAAGAUAAAGAUACAGCAAAUCUUCAAUUUACAGAGGAGGGGCCAAGUUGCCUGCCAGAAAUUCUGUUAGAGCUAGUAAAUAAAGGAGACAAUGGUAGAUUAGCACUUUCAGCUCUUGGAGGCACUCUCUAUUAUCUCAAACAGGCUUUUCUGGAUGAGACAUUGCUUAGAUUUGCAAAGUUUGAAUCACUUCCAUGCUCUGAUUUCUGUGAUGUUGCUCAAAAACCAUAUAUGAUCCUAGAUGCUGCUGCCCUGGAGAACCUUGAGAUUUUUGAGAAUAGCAGAAACGGAGGCUUGUCAGGGACGCUAUAUGCUCAACUCAAUCAUUGUGUUACCGCAUUUGGGAAGAGGUUGCUGAAGACAUGGCUCGCAAGACCGUUAUAUCAUUUGAGAUCUAUUGUGGACCGCCAGGAUGCUGUGGCAGGUCUACGGGGGGUAAAUCAACCUGCAACACUGGAAUUUCGAAAAGCAUUGUCUAGGCUUCCGGACAUGGAGAGAUUGAUUGCACGCAUAUUUGCUAGCAGUGAAGCGAAUGGAAGAAAUGCAAAUAAAGUAAUUUUAUAUGAAGAUGCAGCAAAGAAGCUGCUUCAAGAGUUCAUAUCUGCUCUACGUGGCUGUGAGUUAAUGGAACAAGCAUGUUCUUCACUUGCUGUCAUUUUGGAAAAUGUCGAGUCGAGGCAACUACAUCAUUUGUUAACACCUGGUAAAAGUCGGCCCCACAUUCAUUCAAUUCUUAAGCACUUCAAGGAAGCCUUCGACUGGGUGGAAGCCAACAAUUCUGGACGUGUAAUACCUCAUGAAGGAGUUGAUAUAGAGUAUGAUUCUGCAUGUGAAAAGCUUAGGGUCAUUGAGUCUAGUUUGACAAAACACCUGAAGGAGCAACAGAAGAUACUUGGAGACAAAUCAAUCAUGUAUGUCACAGUUGGUAAAGAGGCAUACCUACUGGAAGUUCCUGAACAUUUUCGCGGGAGUAUCCCUCGUGAUUAUGAGUUGCGUUCAUCCAAAAAGGGCUUUUACAGGUAUUGGACUCCGAGUAUUAAGAAGCUCUUAGGAGAGCUUUCACAAGCUGAAUCUGAAAAGGAAUUAGCACUGAAGAACAUUUUGCAGAGAUUGAUUGUUCAGUUCUGCGAGCAUCAUGAUAAGUGGAGACAACUCAAUUCUGCAACUGCAGAAUUGGAUGUUUUGAUCAGUCUGGCAAUUGCUAGUGACUUCUAUGAAGGACAGGCAUGCCGCCCAGUCAUCCUAGGUUCAUCAUCAAGUGAAAUGCCAUGCUUCUCUGCAAAAAGUUUAGGGCACCCUAUUCUUAAAAGUGACUCUUUAGGCAAGGGUGCUUUUGUGCCCAAUGAUGUUAGUAUUGGUGGCAGUGAUGGUGCCAGCUUUAUCCUUCUCACUGGUCCUAACAUGGGUGGGAAGUCUACUCUUCUCCGGCAAGUUUGUUUAGCUGUGAUUCUGGCCCAGGUAGGAGCUGAUGUCCCUGCUGAGAGCUUUGAAUUGUCACCUGUUGAUCGAAUAUUUGUUCGAAUGGGUGCAAAAGAUCAUAUAAUGGCAGGACAGAGUACAUUUUUAACAGAACUUUCAGAAACUGCACUUAUGCUGUCAUCGGCCACUCGUAAUUCAUUGGUCACACUGGAUGAACUUGGACGCGGCACAUCAACAUCAGAUGGACAAGCAAUAGCGGAAUCAGUCCUUGAACAUUUUGUCCACAGGGUGCAGUGUCGAGGAAUGUUUUCAACCCACUAUCAUCGAUUAUCUGUAGACUAUCAGAAAGAUCCCAAGGUAUCUCUCUGUCACAUGGCAUGUCAAGUUGGAAGAGGGGUUGGAGAAGUGGAAGAAGUUACAUUUCUUUAUAGGUUGACACCUGGUGCAUGUCCUAAAAGCUACGGUGUCAAUGUGGCAAGACUGGCUGGACUUCCCGACCCCAUCCUUCAAAAAGCAGCUGCAAAGUCCAGAGAAUUUGAGGUAAUAUAUGGAAAACACAGAAGGAGAUCUGAAGGAAACUUGACCAUUCAAAGUAAUGGCGAUGAGAUGGGAGUCUUCCUACAACAUGUUUUUGAUGUGGCAACAAAUUUGACUGGCAACAGGUCGGAGAGUAUUGGAAUCAGCUCACUUACUGAACUUCAGCAUAGGGCAAGAGUAUUUCUGCAGCAAAUUUGAACUGGGUGCUAGUACUGGUACUUUUGCUAUCUGUAUUCAUUUCUGUAAAUAACCGAGUAAUUAGAGAAGUUCUCCUUAGGCUUUGGAACAUUGCUGAUUUUUCCCAUCAGGCAUUGCUGUCAAAUUUUGGGGCCAAUUUGGUGAGGCGGGGUAAAAUUUUUAGCCAUUGAAUAUGCAAUUUAACAGGAUUUGCCACUUUAGGAUUGAUACAGAGGGUUGCUCUAAGUUGGAUUAACCAGCUCUUUUGUAUAGUCGUAAUUAAAUUAGUGAGGAUGUAGUGUAGUUUAGUUUCAACCAAAGGAGUGAUUGUCCUCCUGUCAUACGGUCGUUGAAAUGUCAAUGAGGUGGGUUCAACCAACAAAAGGGAAAGGUUGUCGCCCAUAUUAUGCGAGAAUUGUUUUAUCAUCCAAUUGGCUCUUUUUUGAAAGGUGAUUACAUAUUAGUUA